CUGUACACUAUUAAAUCGCAUCAUCUUCAUCCUAACACGAUACAAGUGAUUUUCAGUUGCUCUGAUUUUCGGAUAUAUAUAUAUUACAAUCUCCCUCACGAGAAUAGAGAACUCUACUGGUUGCCUGUUUUAACGCGUGCACAGAUAACGACGCGGUGUCAGGUUACAUCUCGGUAAAACCCGCUCGUACUGCCACCGUCGAGCGCAUUCCACUUCUCUUACACAUCGGGUACCUGCUUCAGACGGAGUUAAAUUUUAAGUGAAUUAAUUUACACUAAAAUGAAAUUGUGGUUGCUGUCGGUUUUGAUCUGUGUGAUCGGAUGCUCUAUUUCGGCAAAGGCACAGGAUGCGACGUACAAAGUCAUCACAAUAAUGUCCGAGCCAUGGGUAAUGGAUAAGAAUGACGGUAGUCAAAGCCAUAAAGGUUUUAUGAUAGAUCUGCUCCAAAAGGUGUCAAUGGUAUCCGAUUUCAAUUAUACUCUUCACUACGUCAAGGACGGCAAAUACGGCAGUGAGACUGGCGGCAGAUGGGACGGGGCUGUAGGCGAACUGGUUGCUGGGGAUGCGGAUAUUGCAGCAUUACCCAUGAUCGUAACUGAGAAGCGGCAGUCAGUUGUAGAUUUCUCCAAUGCUGUUAUGAACAUUGGACACAGAAUAUUAAUCAAAAAGCCAGUCGUACACAACGAUCCGCUCAAGCUGUUGUUCGAGCCCUACUCUCUCCCGGUGUGGAUACUGGUCGUAGUAAUCUCGUGGGUGAUGGGCGCGGUACUUAUCAUCAUCAACAAAUUCAGUCCAUCUGAAUGGGCUCAGGUACCCGUGGAACAAGAUCCGACUUUCUCAAGAGAUAGCUUCGCUGCCAACAAUGCAUUUUUCUUCGUUCAUAGUACGCUGACAUGGCAAGGAUACAAGCAGGUGCCGAAGUCACCAGCUGGAAGAAUCGUUGUCUGCAUGUGGUUCAGUUUCAUCUUCUUCAUGAUCAUUGCCUAUACCGCUAACCUCACUGCGUUGUUGCUCGCCAAUCGCACAAAUCAGCCCGUCGUUCCUUUCAAAACAUUCCACGAAAUGGCAUCACAAACCCUUAUCCCUUACGGCACAAUGCAAAACGUCCAUCUGAUCAACAAGAUGAGAGAUUCUAAUGACCCGGCAUUUCAUAGAAUCCUGGCUUAUAUGGACCUUGGGGACAACAAUUUCAAACAUACUAGUGACGCUAUUAAGAAAAUAAGAGACUCUCCGAAAGGAUAUGCUGCCAUUGUUGAGAGCACAGCAGCCGAUUACAUAGCGUCAAAGAAUUGCGAUUUGAUGGUUGUCGGAGAAAAGAUGAGUCCAAGUCAGGUUGGAUUUGCAUGUAACAAAGCUGUCAAAGGAUUGUGUAACGAACUAUCGGAGGCUGUCAGGGAAUUACGAGAAGAUGGAACCAUGUUCAUGUUAUAUAACAAAUGGUUUACAAGUGGACAAUGUCUGCAACCCAAUUUGGAUGACUUUAUCAGUCGACAGGAGACCGCUAAGAUUUCAGCGCGACCUCUCUCACUGGCCGACCUUUCGCUUGCCUUUGUUGUACUCCUUUUUGGGCUUGUAGUUGGAGCAAUUCUGCUAGUGGUGGAGAUUCUUGUUCACAGAUACAAAAAAAAGAAGGCAGGAAUAAGCUUGGAGCCCGUGCGCAUGACUGCUGCCAACGGACGUGGCCAAUCAGAAACAACCGACAAUGAUGAGAACGAUAAGGCACCGAUUGCUGCGGCAGAACCGUAAUGUUCAAACAGGACACAAAUUUUGGUACAAGGUUAUCAGUAUUGUGGAAAAUACUCACAUCAUAAACAACCAUAACUGGCCGCGAGACGAUCAAAGCGAUUUUACAUCAUACAUUUUGUUUUAUUAUUUACCAAACGCUGUCCAAUGAGGGCGUUAUUUGAUUUACGUGGAUAUGAACAAAAAUACAAUCGUUUCCGGUAAACACAUUCAGGGAGAUCGUUAUAAACAGAUGCGCAUUACAGUCAAGUAGUUUGAUAUAUAUUCCUUUAUUUUACCUUUCGGAAACCUUACCAACUUCAUCAUUGGGACCAGAUAGUCACCGUACAAAUAUCGUCGGACAAUACAUGCAUUGUAUAGAAAUUAAAUUAUCUGUGUGUAAAGAAGUUGGCAUCAAUUCAACGGGUACGUUUUGAAUUAAGAAUGGAGAGUUUGUGUAAUUUCAUAUUCUAUUUGUUCUUGGCAUUUAUGAUUAUGAUUCAUCUGUACACGAGGAUGAUACCGAUAAACAGAUAUGUAUGUGUGUGAUGCCAUGUAUUUCAGAUGGAAAGAGAGAAUUGGAGUGAGUAUGUAAGAAUAUAUAUAAAGAAAUGUCCAAUGCACUGCUAAUGCGACGGUGUGGGCCAAAUGACAAUAUAUGAAUGCAGUUAUAUUUUUAUUACUAUACACAAAUGUAUGUUCUGAAACGACCCUCUUCCAUCCGGGUUAGGGGUUUGAUAAAUCUAAUUUACGCCCUAUGGGUGCUUCCGCUCCAAGUACACUUGUAACUACGUCCUUACGUAACAGAUAACACAGUGCAAUUCGAACUGUUGUCGCCUCCUUUAAAGACUUUUUCGAAAUAUUUAUUGUAGUUAUUAAGAACUGAAAAUAUUUUGAAAUUAUACUGGAAUUUUCAUUGUGAUGAAGGACUGCAUGUCUGUUAUUCUUAUCGAACUCCAGGCAAUUUAAUUAUCUCUAAAACAAUGUUGUAAAUUAAUUAAUGUAUCAUCGACAAUGUCAUCAUAACUGUAUAUCAUAUCUCAUUUAUAUCAUCAUUACUUAAAAUAAUACAUAUAUAUAUUAUCAAAUUUAGUGAUUGUAUUGGCAAUUUAAAAAGCAAUGGGUAUUCAUCGAUAUGUCGUUUUUUUGUAGUAAUAUAAAUUAUGUUUACAUAACAAUAAUACAAUAAGUGUCCUUGCUAGUAGUGUAAAAUCAACGAAUACAGUCAUUCUUGCACACACACAUACCUGUACAUGUACUUAUCGACCCACAACCUGUCCAUGAAUGUUUUAUUAUCACUUAUACAUGCACACAUGUACAUUUCUUAACACACCCAUUCACACUAGUAGAGGUAUGUUUUGAUAUCCACACGUACAUCAAUAUGUGAUAUUUGUUAAUCCACGUAUAUAUUUACACGUAUUUUACACCUGCAUACUUACAUGUACAGGUAUGUUCUUUGUAUACUGGUAGAUUCAUAAGCAUACCUUACUUAUACUUAGAUUGUGAAGAUAAAUAAGUGUGCGAGCGUUUCUCUGUAUAAUAACAUAUCAUUAUAUAUAGUUCUGCCGAUGACAAAUAUCUAUAUCACGUGAUGUGCUUAGAGCUAUUGCUGUCAGUAAUAAUACAAUAUAUACAAUAGUGUUUUGUUAUUGUAUUGAAAGACUGCUUACUCUAUCAUACAUAUGCCAUGCAUGCCAAAGUACGAUUAUAUGUAAAACAAUAAAAUCGUUUAACAGAAAAUGAAAUAUUUAUUUAAAUGUUUUCAAUAGAAUAAAUAUCAUGCCUUACUUGGCGUUAGGACUGAUACCAACUUUUGCAUAUUAAACAACAUUGCCGUAAACACGAAUAAUUAACAAUUGCACCAAACUCGUUUGCUUCCUGAAACUCCAGAUAAAAUGUAUUACUUGACGAUGUCCUUUGCUCUGAUGGUAUACAAUAUUACCACAUUUAUACACCAUACUGUACACUCUAAAUCGCUGUCCGGCAAUGGAAUCAUACACUACCAAUAAUAGACACACGGAGAAAAGCAUUUGGUAAACUCAUUUUCUAUAAAUAAAUCAUUCCAUUAUC